GAAUUUUACCUAUAACUAGCGCAAUCAGUAUUCCAUCAAUUUUCUUUAUAUGCUUCAUAUCCAUUAGCAUGAAUGAAGUUGGAAUAAAAUUUCAAUAAUUUUAUUGUGACAGAUCUUUAUGCAGUAAAGUAGAGGCUCCUUUAAAUUUUUCAUUCACCAAUCCUAAACCAGUGACUGCGAAAUAUCUUGAAAACUAAAGAAAAUGUAAUGACUGGCAACGCUGUAUGGUGGAGUGAUGUUAAGUCGAUCGUUCAUGACAAACACGAACGUGUAUUCUUGGAGUUUUUGGUGCAAAAAGUGAAUUAUAAGGAAAACCAAAUGGAUGACUACGAAGACGACACACAUUUCUGCUUGAAAUGUCAUUCCACAAUAAUAGGCCUCGAAUUCUACGUCAAUCAUAGAAAGAAUAAUUGCAUGAAGCAACCUGAUACAACAUUUUCAACGCUCAAAGCGGACGACUUCUUUUCCUCUCUAGAACUACAGAGUAGUUCAAAAAAACUCAUUCAACAAUCAACAUCAGGAAAGCAUUCCAGUGGAAUCCUCACCAGAAGCAAGGUAACCGCUUUCAAGGAAACACUGGAACCUUCCAAAUCGGGCAAGAACGCCUGGAUCGGAGGAGUUCAAGAGAAAGACUCAGAUUUCGAUGGUAAUUUCUUGAAAACAGUGGAGAAUAAUAAAGAUGUGGACAAGUCUAGGGAUAUAUCAAGGUUACAAGAUUAUGCGGAUAGUGAUGCAGAAUCUGAGGAUUACGAACUAGAGGAAGAGACCAGUGAUGAAGAUGCUCCUCCUAGAAACCACACAGGAGGAAAAUGGAAACCUUCUUCACCUAUAUACUGGAAACAUUCGCAAUCGGAAUCCGAUUGGAGGCCUCCUCCUCCCUCAUUCACUGGAGGUAAAUGGAACCCUUCCUCAAAUAAACGAAACUUCUCUCCUCCACCUUCAAAUCACACACGCGGAAAGUGGAAACCGGAAUCUCAUGAAAAUGAAGAUCCACCACCUUCCGCACUCAGUGGUGGAAAGUGGGGUCAACCCAAGAAGCAGGAACAUACCUCAGUUUCCCCUGACUUCACACGAGAUAAGUUCAGGACCAAACCCGUUAUGUCUAUUGAUGACUUUCAGCUUUCAUUAGAACCUCCAAACGAAAAAUGGAGCGUUGUCGAACUGAUUCCUUCCACAUACACUAGGGGGAAAUGGAAACCUGAAUAUUCUUCACCUGAGCCUAUUCCAUCCACUUAUACUCGAGGUAAAUGGAAACCGGAAAACUCUCCAGAGCCUUCAACGUCUUCCAUCACAAAAUCAAAAACAACUAAUUUCGACAAUGAUAACACAGGUAACAAAGAAGUAUCUGCUGGGUUGAUUGAAGAUCAAUGGUUAUCCCCAACCAAAUCACCUACCAAAGAACAGAAACAAACUGAUAAGCAGUAUUGGUGCAAACCUUGCAACCGACGUUUAGCCUCGAAGGUAGUCUAUGAGAGGCACCUCAAAUCUGAAUUUCACACCAAGAGAACUUUGAGGGAGAAUGAACUGGAGGAAAAUCUAAACUUUUUCAAAACGUCACGUGGAACUAAGAGAAAGGGUGAAUCAACUGAAGCUGACACAAAAGAGCAGAAUUCAGGUACCAAAAGAAAGAGGAGAAAAAUUUUCGAGAAAUGUAAAGUCUGCAAUUCCAAGGUGAAUUUGAAUUUGAUGGGUAAACACCUGAUUUCUCACUAUCACUGUAGGAAAAGCGACUUGACUUCAGAGUCUGCCCAGAGCAUGAUUUUCGAAAAUUUCAGGGAUAUAAUAAAACAGAGUCCAUUCCAAUGCAAACCGUGCAAAUAUUACUUCAAUUACCAUAAGGAAUUCCUCGACCACUGGCUCUCUGAAGACCAUAAAUUAAACACGAAAGAUAAGUUGGGUGAAUUUCUGUGUUCUUACUGUAAGUUCUCUUGCUUGGAAAAUGAAGAGAUGUACAAACACCUCGUAUCGCAGGACCACAAGGAAGUGAUAUCUGUUAUCAACAGGUCAGUGCCUAUCAUCAUCAAGAAAAUUCACUACAGGAAAUGUGCCACUUGUGGAAGCAAAUUCCCUUUGCUAAUUCAGUUGAGAAAACACAUAGAGAAAACGGGGCAUGAAAUAAUGGAUGAGUUAAACGAAUUCAAAUGCGAUAUCUGCAUGCAGAACUUGAAUUCUGAAAUAGCUCUUCAAAGACAUAAGAAGAACAUGCACAAGAUCAGGAUUUUCCUUUGCGGAACAUGUGGAUUAACAUUUCCUAAUUCGGAGGAAGUUAAAAAACAUAGAAAUUCUGUACACCAUCACACUGCGACCAUUGAGAAGAAGAAUCAAGGAAAUGUAAAGAGUAUGGAGAGGAAAUGUCAGUACUGCUCUUCAGUUUUCGAUAAUUUUUUGAAGCUCAAAGACCACAUCAAGACGAAUCAUGAAGAAUUUCAUCCUAGGUGUCCUCGCUGCGGCAUGUCGUUCGUAGUUUCACAGGAUCUCUCUGUGCACUUGAGAACCAAGUCCUGCAAAUUGGAAGAACAGCAAUCGAAGAAGUUCACCUGCAGCACGUGUCCAUUUUCUGUGGACUCAGAGGCGCAUCUUCUUUUUCACGAAACGCUGCAUACGGAACCUAUACUUAUGUUUCCAGAUAAAGGGUCUACGAAUGAUAAAAAGGCGACGCCACAUUACAAGUGUCCAGAAUGUCAGAAAUUCUUUCCCAAAUCCUCUUUGCUUGGACAUUUGAGAUUGCACACGAAGGAGAGACCGUACAAAUGUUCGUUUUGUGAUAAAACGUUCGUCAGGAAAAAUAAUUGGCUGUUUCAUGAGAAGAAGCAUACCUCUAUGAAGACUGAAAAUAAGGAAGAGAGUCCUGAUGUUAACGAAAGACCAUUUCUGUGCUCAACGUGUGGUGCGAGCUUCAGGAAAAGAUUCAUCCUGCAGCAACAUAUGAAAAUUCAUACUGGUAAAUCAUUCAAGUGUAUCCAUAAAGACUGCAUUUUCACUGGCCGAAGUUUGGGCGAGCUGAAGAUCCAUUUUCAAACACAUUUUGACGAAAGGAAUUUUCCCUGCAAAUCCUGCGAUUACAAGGGAAAGACGAAACAACAGUUAGCAAGGCAUAUGACGGUUCACGAAGACACGAAAAAAUUUAAAUGUCCUAGUUGUCCUUUCACCGCAAGAACAUCACACCAUCUUAAAAGACAUUGUAGGCUUCAUACCGGCAGUAAACCUUACAACUGCCCUCACUGCAGCUACAGCUGUAACAGUUUGGAGAAUUUGAGAAAACACAUCCUAUCGACGAACAAGCACCCGGGAAAAUCCAUCUACGAAUGCAAAUUCUGUAAGGGAUUCCAGACCAACUUCUUCAAGGAAUUCAAGGCACAUUUACUCACUCUGCAUCCUAAUGAAAUGGACAAAGGGGAUAAAAUAAAAAGUUCCUCUGUGUACGAAGCGAAAAAGGACCAAUUUUUCCCGAUUGGAAACUCAAACGGCCAACUGGAAACUAGAGAAACCGGGGAACCACUCAAAAAUCAAGAGGAAGCAUCAGGUCAGCCCUGCUCCCUCCAUUUAGUACCUCUCAUAGUCUCGAAAGACGAUACUAUUGAUGAAACUGGUUCAGAAAGUUGGAGCUUAGUAGGAUGUUAUGAUGUUUCUGAAUCAGGAGCAUUGAUUGCGUUCAACAAGGAUAUUUUGUUUGAAGAUGUCAUGUGACAUCACUACAAUUGGUGAAUGGAUAUAUCAAAACGUCGUUCUGUAAUAUGAAACAGAAGGCAUAUAGCCUAGAAAGUUAUAUUUUCAUAUCCAAAAAAUGUAUUUUUAGAAUUUCCAGUAUGUGAAUUCAUAUGAAUUUGUGAAACAAAUAACUGUAUUAUAGUUUUAUGUAUAUUCUUCAUGUCUUUGUAGGAAUUUUUGCGAAUAAAACUAUUCUUGCAUUACCCAA